CAAAUUUCCCCCCGAAACCCCAGAUCCCCACACGGCACACGCACCGCAGCAGAAUCGCCGAUUUCCGAAACCGGAGCAACGCCGGCCGACGAGCUGCGGGUCCGUCGGGUCCUAUGCGGCAGCGCGGCGUUGCGCUCCUGCGAGGAAACGUAGCGCCAAAUGCCUGAGCCCGACCGCCACCUCCUCACCGCCGCCGCCGCCGCCGGCCUCCACCGCGACGGCCUCAAGGGCUGGCCCGACCUGUGGAUGCUCCCCGGGAAGCCGCCGCACGCGCGCGCCGCCGCGGCGGCGCCCCCGCCAACGCCGCCGGACCAAACCCUAGCCUUCUCCGACGAGCUCCUCCUCCGCGUCCUCGCCUGCCUCCCGGACCCGCACCUCACGUCCGCCGCCUCGCUCGUCUGCAAGCGCUGGGCGCGCCUCUCCGGCCGCCUCCGCCGCCGCCUGGCCGUGCGGGACUGGGCCUUCGUCACGCACCGCCUCCCGCACCGCUUCCCCAACCUAUCGGUCCUCGACCUCUUCCCGGCCUCCAUCGCCGCGCCCGCCGCCCCCUCCCGGGCCUCCCCGGUCCUCACCUGCGGUGCCGUCUCGCUAACCCUAGACCCCAGCGCCGACCCGCCGCUCGGCGCCUGCCGCUUCCUCGCCGACGACGUGCUCGACAGGGGCCUGGCGGUCGUCGCCGCCAGGUUCCCCAACCUCCGCCGCCUCUCCGCCACGGCCGCGGCGUCCGAGUCCGGCGGCCUCAUGGACAUCGCCGGCGGCUGCGCAACACUACAAGAGCUCGAGCUCCACCGAUGCACCGACCUCGCGCUCCGCCCGGUGUCCGCCUUUGCGCACCUCCAAAUCCUGCGCGUCGCCGCCGCCUCCUCCCCGCUCUACGGCACCGGCCACGACGGCGGGGUCACCGACAUCGGCCUCACCAUCCUCGCCCACGGCUGCAAGCGCCUUGUCAAGCUCGAGCUCGUCGGCUGCGAGGGCAGCUACGACGGCAUCGCCGCCGUGGGCCGCUGCUGCGCCAUGCUCGAGGAGCUCACCAUCGCCGACCACAGGAUGGACGCCGGGUGGCUCGCCGCGCUGGCUUUCUGUGGCAACCUCAAGACCCUGCGCCUUCAGGGGUGCGGCAGGAUCGAUGACGAUCCUGGCCCCCCUGAACAUCUCGGCGCCUGCCUCACGCUCGAGAGCCUGCAAUUGCACCACUGCCACCUGCGUGACCGCCGCGCCCUCCAUGCUCUCUUUUUGGUCUGUGAGGGUGCUCGUGAGUUUCUGGUUCAGAAUUGCUGGGGCCUUGAAGACGACAUGUUUGCGUUGGCUGGCCUAUGCAGGAGAAUAAAAUUCCUCUCCCUAGAAGGCUGCUCACUAUUAACAACUAGAGGAGUCGAGUCAGUGGUCACCUCAUGGAAUGAUUUGCAGAGUCUAGAAGUUGUCGGGUGCAAUAAAGUAAAGGACGAGGAGAUCACUCCCGCACUCUCAGAGCUUUUCUCUAAUCUGAAAGAGCUGAAGUGGAGGCCUGACAACAAAUCUCUCCUCGCCGCAAGCCUUGCGGGCACCGGAAUGGGAAAAAAGGGCAGAGUAUUUUUCAAAAGGAUUUUACCGGGCCAUCAACGAGUCAAAGAGAAGAUACUCAACUAUCCAGCGGGUGUCGCGGCUUAGUUGUAUCGCUCCUCCAGACAGAAUUUGGCAUGCUUGUGUGGAACUCUUAUGGUCGAAGCUUGGUCCGGCACGCUGAAGCGCGACUGAGGUACCAACUGUCCAGAUUCGUGUUUGUGGCCGAACUGUAACAACCUGAACUUCCCAAUGAGGAUCCUAACCAAUAUUUAUGCAUGCCACGAAAUGUUUCUUUAAGUUACGGUAGAACUUGUUAGUUCCUGAUGAUGCAUCAGACAGAAAUGACAGGAAGUUCAUGUUUAUGUCGCAUGACUUCACUGCUAAAUGGUUUUCGUUGGUGUACACUUUGCAAUACAGAAAUACGUUGGUGCAUGCUUACUCUCGAGUUGCAAUGUGCUCUUCGUGGCUGAUGAAUUUAUUUGGUUUGUCAAGA